AUGCAAAGUACAAUAAAAGAGAUUUUAGACUCUUUAGGGUGUAAUUUAGAAGUAGAUACAGUAUCAAACUUUUUACUAAAUGAUCCAAAUUACGGCAUCAAUGUUAUUUCAAACAAACAAGCAAAUGAAUAUGCACAAAGGCUGGCAUUAAAAGCUUCCAACUCGAAAAUAUUUUUAAAAAAAUAUGAAGAGCUUAGAAACCGCAAUGUUGAAAAUUUGUCAAACAUAAUAGUAAUAUGCUACAAAUUACUGUGCGAUGACAAAAAAUUUAAAACAUCUAAACCAAAAGUUGCUCCUAAACCAGCAAUAGGAGACAAUAAACAUCAAAUUACCAAAGAUGAUUUACCCCAGAUAAAGGAUAAACUCCUCAAAGCUGUUGAUGAAAGUAAAAAGCUUGUCAUGAAGUCAUUUGAAGAAAAAGAGGUUAAGCUUAUGCCAAAUUGGUAUAAUAGUUUAGAUUUGCCUAAUUGGCAAAAAGAACAUCCUUUUAUGUCCUGGGACUUUCCAAAAGAGCCUUUACAUAUUGUAGCCUCAUUGGCUGGUAUACCGGUCCUCUCUCAAGAAAACAUCAUAAUUGAUGAACUUCUUUAUGUAUUUACUGGUGUUCCUGGGAAUUACAUAGUCCAUAAACCAGUGAAAGAUGUGUAUGAACCAAGACAAUUUAUAAUAGCUGAUGAUUUGGACGAUGCUUUGAAGCAAAUAGUUCAGCAGAUGUUACCAGUUGCAUCAAAUUACUCAAUUGUGAGAAGAUUUAUUGAAAACUGUGAUAUGUGGUCUGGGCAGGUCCUACAUGCACUUGUUGCUGCUAUAGAGAUUCUAUUAAAGGAUUAUUAUACUAUGAUAGCACAACUAGAAACAGAGCACAUGACUGGUGGUUUGACCCUGCAAAAGUUAUGGUAUUUUGUUUUACCGACCAUGCAUACCAUGCAAGUUCUAGCAUCUAUUGUGACCAACAUUGGCAAGAGCGAACUCCGCGGUGGUGCAGUAUUGACAGUACUUCAUGAGAAGACAAGUACAUUAAUGGGUGAUGCGCGUGCGCAAGAAAUAGCUCUUUUCCUUACAGAACGCGCUUGCCGCCCUUACCUCGAUAUAUUGGAUAGAUGGAUACAUAAGGGCAGUGUUAACGAUCCCUUCCAUGAAUUCAUGAUCGAAGACAACGAAUUGAUAAACAAAGAAGAGUUACCUUUGGACUACUCAGCUGACUACUGGGAGAAGAGAUAUAGCAGUCAGAGAGACAGAGUUCCAAAAUUUCUUGACAAGUUUACUGAUAUUAUUCUACGGACGGGAAAAUACCUCAACGUUAUUAGCCAAUGCGGGAAGUCAAUAACAAAAACGAAUACAGAAGAGAUUAAAUACUCUCUACGUGAACAAAACUACGGGGCGAUCAUACAACGGGCGUAUUCGUACGCGAGCAAAUCCUUAUUGGAACUACUUCUAAAGGAAUACGACCUCAUGGGGAGAUUGAAAUCUGUGAAAAAUUACUUUUUGAUGAGCCAAGGAGACUUUAUUGUUCAGUUCAUGGAUGCAACAGAGCAAGAGUUGUCGAAGAAGAUAGAUGAUAUUAUACCGUCGAAGCUGGAGUCGUUGCUUGGACUCUGUUUGCGGUUAUCAUCAGCCCGUCAUGACCCAUACAAUGAGGAUAUGCGAGUUGAAUUAUCGCCGUAUGAUCUCCAGUUCCAGAUGUUUAAAAUAUUGUCCAUUGAAACUGAAGAAGAAAAUGAGUACAAGCAGAACAAAGACUGUCCUCCCCUCACUGGUAUAGAAACAUUCUCGUUCGGUAUGGAGGUGAAAUGGCCGGUUUCACUCAUAAUUAACCACAAAGCCAUCGCCUGCUAUCAGAUGAUAUUCAGACAUCUCUUCUUCUGCAAACACGUGGAAAGACUGCUCUGUCGAGUGUGGCUGUACAACAAAGUGGUGAAGAGAUUCUCAGAAGCCCGUUUGUACGCGGACGCGUUCGCUCUUCGCCAGCGUAUGUUGAGUUGCGUACAACACUUGCAAUACUACAUGUGCAUGGAAGUUAUCGAGCCAUCCUGGUGUCAUCUUAUUCAGAGCCUGGAUAAUGAAAAAAAACUACUGGUCGUUCAAUCAAUGUUAAACCAGAGCCAGAAUGUCUAA